AUGUUACGACAAAUAACUCUCACAGCGUUUCUGAUCGGCGUUUGUGCUAUUUUGUUCUCUUCGCUUAAGACCGAAAACUCUCCACCAAUUAGCCAGGGCAAGAACAAUACCAUUCUUUUCAUCACAAAUGAACAUCCAGGACUCUACAAUGUACAUCUUUCGACGCUGUAUUCUCUUCUACAAAAGGACUCACAACUCAAGAUUCAUUAUGCAUCCUUCCCCAAGGUUGAGCAAAGGGUGAAACAUAUUUCAGACCUGGCAGCCAACGGGAAAUCAAAGACCAAGGAUGUCAACUUUCAUCCUCUUCCCGGUUCUGGAUAUACCGACAGUUUACAGAUGUUGAUCGACCAUAGUGAUCACGCACACGCACCUGGACUGGGCGCAGGAGAUCGAUUCGGAAAGAAUCUGGGAGUUUAUAUUGCACCCUGGUCAGCAAAUGCUUAUUUCACACUAUUCGAGUCUUGUGAUCGCCUGAUUAGCGAUAUCGAUCCUGCUGUUAUCGUUUUCGAUGCAUUUCUUACACCAGGGAUAAACGCUGCCCGCCAGAAAAAUCGACUUCACGCCAUUAUCACUCCCAAUGUUUUGUCCGAUUUGUUACCCGCUGGGCAGCAGCCUCCCUGGACUUUGUUUUGGAAAUAUCCAGCUUUAGGUUCGGGAUUCCCAUAUCCUGUACCAUGGAAACUUGUCCCAGCAAAUAUGUACAUCAACUUCAGAAUCAUGCGUGCAAUCUUCUCUCUUCCGGAAAUUACGUCAAAGAGAAAGCAGUUAGAGAAGAUGGGUAUCGAGAAACCAAUUGAUUUUAUGGGUCUUUAUAGGAAAAAUGUCCCUUGGAUAACUCAAACACUGCCAGGUGCUCAUACACCAGUGGCGAGAAUACCAGAAAAUGUCACAUUAGCAGGACCAAUCAAUCUAGCAGGAUUAGAAAAGAAGUCCUCCGGUGCUUUGGAGUUGCUGGACUGGGCAAAGAAGCCAACAGUCUUGAUUUCUUUGGGCAGCGGUUUCAAGUAUCAUGAGUGGCAAGCGAGAGCAAUGAUCGAAGCCAUACAUUAUGUACUGAAACAGACAGAAGUACAAGUAUUGUGGAAGAUGUCUAGACGCGGCACAUAUGACCAUCAGUUUCUAAAGACUGCUGCAAAAGAGUCAAAGGAUCGUCUGAGGAUCGAAAAAUGGUUGGAAGUUGAACCACCGACGCUUUUGCAAGAAGGGAAUAUAUUAACGUUUGUACACCAUGGAGGCGCAGGAUCCUAUCAUGACUCUUUAGGGGCCGGAAUUCCUCAAGUCAUUCUACCCCAAUGGAUAGACUUGUAUGAUUACGCAUCACUUGUUGAGAGAUUGAACAUAGGCAUUUGGGGUUGUCGCGAAACCAGUCCGAAUUGGACAGCUGAAUGUCUUCAAGAGGCUUUUUUGCUUUCUGUUGAAGAUAGCUCGGCGAGAUCAUUGAUGACGAAGAACGCAGCGUCGUUCGGAGAGCUCGCCAGAAAAUCUCCGGGUCGAGACGUUGCCGCGCGAGUAGUCGAGCGGUUGGCUGCCUCUGGCUAUGAAUAA